GAGUGACCAGAAUAAAAACAGCAACACCAGACUCAGAGAAAGAAAAAAAGCGAAGUGAUCCACUGAAUCGGGGUCUCUGCCCUAUCCUAAUUACGUCGAGACUCAUAUCUUUUCUGUUUUUUUCCACCGACAGCCACCCCCCACCCACCCUUUUAGGACUUUGGGUUAGAGCUCCGUAAUUAGCUAGGAGAGAAUAAAACCAGCUGAUCGGCGGUGGGGUGUUGCAUUUUGGAGCGAGAUGGCUAACAGAAACAUGCUGUUGCUCUUCUGUGGACUCUUCCUCCUCGCACUGAUUCAGCCCUCACUUCAAGGAGGAGUGUAUGUUCCACCUGGUGCUGCCGUUGGACCCGGAACUGGAUUCUUCCCAGGCGCUGCUGGAGGACUCCCCGCGGGCUACAAGCCAGCCAAGGCUGCAGUUGGCGGUUAUGGAGGUGCAGGCCAAGGUGUGAACCCAGGUGCUCUGGUGCCGAGGGGCGUCGGACCCGGAGGCUUCGGCGUCACAGGACAAGGUGGAAAAGGCCCUAAACCAGGGUAUGGCAAUCUUGGAGUUGGUGGUCUCGGAGGUGGUGGUUAUGGUGGAUAUGGUCCAAGCACUGGGGUUUUUUAUCCAGGAGCUGCACAGAAAGCGGCAAAACAAGCAGGGGUUGGAGGAACUGGGACAAUAGGAGGUGGAGGCGCAGGUACAGGAGUUGGAGUGCCUGUUAUUCCUCAGACGGGCCUCCCAGGAGGGGGCGUUGGUGCCGCUGGAAAGAAAGCUGCCAAAGUGCCAGGUGUGGGAGUGCCUGGACUCUACCAGGGGGGGCUGGUGCCCGGAGGCGGGUUUGGUGGUCGUGGCGUCUUGCCUGGUGUGGCCACAGGCACCGACUUGAAUCCAAAAUCAAUCGGAGGAGGAGGACAAGGAGGAAGUCUAGGACUGGGAGGCCGUGGGUUCGGUGGACCAAUGCAGCCUGGAACCUUCCACGGAUACCCCCUCAAAUCACCUAAAACAGGAGCUUAUGGCGCAAAACCAGGAGGAGGCAAACUUCCCUUUGGCUAUGGCGGCUUUGGUGCUGGUGGUGCUGGCCUUCCAGGAGGACAAGGUGGCCCUGGGUCAAAGCCUGGAUAUCCUAUUGGAACUGGAGUGGGGACUGGGGUGAUCUCACCUGCUCAGGCUAAAGCUGCUAAAUAUGGCUUGGGUGGUGGCACUGGUACGCUGUAUCCAGGACUCUUGCCAGGAGGAGGGUUUCCAGGCGGUGCACCUAUUGGAGUUCCAGGAGGAUAUUCACCUGCUGCCAAAGCAGCUAAAUAUGGAAUAGGAGGACAACUUGGGGGAGGUGGAACAUUAGGAACAGGAGGACAAUUAGGAUUAGGAGGACAACUGGGAACAGGAGGACAACUGGGAACGGGAGGACAACUGGGAACGGGAGGAUUUGGAGGAUACUCUCCAGCUGCCAAAGCAGCUAAAUAUGGAAUAGGAGGACUAGGAACGGGACAACAAUUGGGAACGGGACAACAGUUGGGAACGGGACAACAGUUGGGAACGGGACAACAGUUGGGAACGGGAGGAUAUGGAGGAUACUCUCCAGCUGCCAAAGCAGCUAAAUAUGGACCAGGAGGGCAAUUGGGAACAGGUACACAGUUAGGAACAGGUGGACAGUUAGGAACAGGAGGAUUUGGAGGAUACUCGCAAGCUGCCAAAGCAGCUAAAUAUGGAAUAGGAGGACAACUUGGAACAGGAGGACAAUUGGGAACAGGAGCACAAUUGGGAACAGGAGGACAACUGGGACCAGGAGGACAACUGGGAACAGGAGGACAACUGGGAACAGGAGGAUUUGGAGGAUACUCUCCUGCUGCCAAAGCAGCUAAAUACGGCCUGGGAGGACUGGGAGCGACAGGAGGACUGGGAGGACUGGGAGGAGCAGGAGGACUGGGAGCAACAGGAGGACUUGGAGGGACAAGAGGACUGGGAGGGACAGGAGGAUACAAUGCUGCUGCCAAAGCCGCUAAAUACGGCCCAGGUGGAGCAGGAGGAGUCCCAGGUGGAGGUGCAACUGGAGGAGUGACUCCUGGAAGAGCCCCAUUUUUGCCUGGAUAUGGAUCGCUAACUGCCGGUGCUAAACCUCCUAAAUACGGAGUCCCAGGGGCAGCACAGGGAGGAGUACUUCCAGGGGGAGCAGGACAUUUCGUGCCAGGGGCUGGUUUGGGAGGUUUUGGUGCUGGUCUCAAACCACCGAAGUAUGGGGCUGGAACACCACUGGGAACUGGGGGACUGCUGGGAGGAGGAGGAGUAGGAGGAGCAGGUGCAGUGAUACCAAAAGUUGGACAGUUCUUGGCAGCUGGCGAAGGACUUAGAUGUGGAGUCGGAUUAGGGGCUGGAGUUCCAGGAGGAGCAGGAGUUGGUCAAUACCUCGCUGCAAAAGCAGCAAAAUAUGGUGUUGCAGGCGGAGCCGGUUUAACACCAGGAGGAGCUGGACUUCCUGGUGGUUUACCCGGGGUUGGGGUUGGAGGGGGACAGAUAGCGACUACAGAUACAACUAUCAGAGGGGUUCCAGAGGGCACCGCUGUGGUCUCACCAGGUGGUACAGGUGUCCCUAUAAAAACAAGAAAGGAGCUGGGUCCUGGUGGAACCCCUCAACCAGGUACAGUGAAAUGCAGACUUUAUUGUACAGUCUCGUGUUAUCAGCUGUCUGCCAGUGUAGACAGCUGCAUUUGGUGACAUCUCCUUUUUAAACUGUGAAGACACUUCCCUUAGACUCUCUGCGUCGGCCUCUGUCUGUUUUAUGAGUAUGUUUUGUUUCUUGGACUGUGUAGGCUUUUUUUUCUGACCACUUAUUUUAAGUGUCAAAUCAAAUUCUGUCAUUGAGAAAA